CCGCCCCCGCCCCGCCCCGCCUGCCAUGGCGCUGCGCUUCUCCGCGAACCUCUCGUGGCUCUUCCAGGAGCUCCCGGGGCUGCCGGCGCGACUGGAAGCGGCGGCAGCCGCCGGGUUCGGAGCGGUGGAGGCGGCUUGGCCGGCGGCCUGCCCGGCCCUGGAGCUGCGGGCCGCGGCGGAGCGGGCGGGGGUGCGGAUCGCGCUCCUCAACACCCCCCCCGGGGACCAGGAGGCGGGCGAGCUGGGGCUGGCGGCCGUGCCCGGGCGGCAGGCAGCCUUCCGGCAGGCCCUGGAGGCGGCCGUGCACUACGCCAGGGCCGUGGGCUGCCGCAGGAUUCAUGUGAUGGCUGGGCGGGUUCCCCUGGGCACAGAGCGGGCUGCAGUGGCAGGUGAGAUGGAAGCCACCUUCAUUGAGAAUCUCCGAUAUACUGCUGACCUCCUGGCCCAGGAAGACAUGAUUGGACUGCUGGAGCCUAUUAACAACCGCAUCACUGACCCUCGCUACUAUCUGAACACCCCACACCAUGCUGCUGCCAUCCUGGAGAAAGUGGGACGGCCCAACCUGAAGCUGCAACUGGACCUCUUUCACUGCCAGAUCAUGGAUGGCAAUUUGUCACGCAACCUGGAGAUGUACUUCCCACUCAUCGGUCAUAUCCAGAUUGCACAGGUACCAGGGCGGCAUGAGCCCGAUAGCCCUGGGGAGUUGAACUUCCCCUACCUCUUCGAGCUCCUGGAGUCCCUUGGCUACACUGGCUACGUGGGGUGCGAGUAUGCUCCGAAGGGAGACACCCUGGAAGGUCUGGGCUGGCUGCGAUCCUACUGGGAAAGCAGAGGGCUGCAGCAUGGUGUGACCAACAAGGCAGCCAAGUGAAACUAGAAAACCAUGAGAAUAAAAGACAAAGCAAUGGCUUAA